AUGUCCGAUGCCGAGUUUGCGCAGAUUAAGAAGCUGCAGCAGGAACGUAACGCUCUUGCAGCUGCAAAGAAGGGCGGCAAGAAUGGUCUAGAUACCCAACGCAAGGAUGGGUCGAAAGCCCCUCUCACAGAAGCAUUCGAUAAAGAACUGUACGAUAAUGGCAACGAUCGAUUUGCAGGCUACAAUACCUCCAUCGCAGUGGUGGAUAAUGGAGAUGACGAGAUGGAAGACGCUGAGAUGAAUGGCCGAAAGCUCGUUGGCAACUAUACAGCCAGUAAGGAGAUCAUGAACGAGUUCGCUCAUGGCGAAGUUGACAUGAUCGAGGAUCGAGCAAAACAAGCUCAAAUCGUCUCGCGUAUGUCAGAUUAUCAGAAGCGGGCCUUUGAUCGAACUCAAGAGGGUGAGGACGCUACUUACAAACAACGCAUGGAAAUGCGUGAUUUAGAGCGCGAAGAAGAACGCGUUGCCAAACUCAUUGCUGAGAAGGAAGCAAAUGGCGAUGGCGAUGUAAAAGUGGAGGAGCACAAGCCAACUCUCACGAACGGCGAUAGCACAGAGGUUCCUACUAAGCGAAAGCGGAAGAGCAGAUGGGGCGAUGCUGUUGAUGAUGCAAAUGGUCAAGCAGCCACCAACGGGCAUUCCAAAGAAGAGGCGACCCAACCAGAGCCAAAGAAGUCACGGUCACGAUGGGAUCUCGUUCAAGAUCCAAACGCUGCCCCCGCACCCUCUUCAAGAUGGGAUGUGCUUGGCGCACCGACAGGCACAGCACCACAGCCGGUUGCUUUCGGUACCGAUAUUGGACGUAACUCUUCCUGGUCAGAUGAGGAGUUGGAUAUGAUUCUACCGGGUGAAGCAGAAGGCUACAAGAUUGUAGAGCCUCCAGCGGGAUAUCGAUACACUGUCGGACCUCGUCGUGUUGCACAGAGCUCUUCGGUCCUCGGAGGAUUCAUGCAACAGGAGGCUGUCCGCGCUAACAUGAUGGGAAAGGAGCUGCCAACAGAUAUUGCUGGUGUUGGCGAGCUUGCCUUUUUUAAGGAGGAGGAUAAGCAAUACUUUGCUGAUCUUUUUGAUGCUACGAACGAUGACGAGCUUACCGUGGAAGAAUUGAAAAAGAGAAAGAUUAAGCGACUGAUUCUCAAGGUCAAAAACGGCACGCCCCCUAUGCGUAAGACUGCCUUGCGUCAACUUACGGACAACGCUCGCGCUUUUGGCGCUGGUGCUCUUUUCAGCGAGAUUCUGCCUUUAUUGAUGGAAAAAACCCUUGAGGACCAGGAGCGGCAUUUACUUGUCAAGGUCAUUGAUCGUAUUCUUUAUAAGCUUGAUGACCUAGUUCGACCAUACACGCAUAAGAUCUUGGUCGUUAUUGAGCCUCUGCUCAUUGACCAAGACUACUAUGCGCGGGUUGAAGGUCGAGAAAUCAUCUCCAACCUCGCCAAGGCCGCAGGUCUCGCACACAUGAUUGCAACCAUGAGACCAGAUAUUGAUCACUCAGAUGAAUACGUGCGAAACACCACGGCUCGUGCGUUUGCUGUUGUUGCCUCCGCCCUCGGAAUUCCCUCUCUUCUUCCAUUUUUACGUGCUGUCUGCAGGUCAAAGAAGUCCUGGCAGGCUCGUCACACUGGCGUCAAGAUCGUUCAGCAAAUUGCUAUUCAGAUGGGCUGCGCCAUUUUGCCUCACUUGCAAGGCUUAGUUGACUGCAUUGGCGAGAAUUUGCAGGAUGAACAGAUCAAAGUUAAGACACAAACUGCUUUAUCCAUUGCAGCACUGGCCGAAGCCGCUGCGCCCUACGGCAUCGAGAGUUUCGACAAUAUCCUGAGCCCUCUUUGGAUUGGAGCACGGAAAUCUCGAGGGAAAGGCCUUGCAGCCUUUUUGAAAGCUGUUGGCUACAUUAUCCCACUUAUGGACGAGGAAUAUGCAAACUAUUAUACGGAACAGAUCAUGGAGAUUCUGCUUCGAGAGUUUGGCUCACCUGACGAAGAGAUGAAAAAGGUAGUCCUUAAGGUGUUAUCCCAGGCUGCAUCAACAAACGGCGUGACAAAGAGCUACCUACUAAAUCGUGUGUGCGAUGAUUUCUUCAAGGCGUUUUGGGUGCGAAGAAUGGCAUUGGAUAAACGUAAUUAUCGUCAAGUCGUCGAUACAACCGUCGAUAUUGGACAGAAGGUCGGCGCUGGCGAGAUCAUUGAACGCAUUGUAGUCAAUCUCAAGGAUGACUCUGAAGCAUACAGAAAAAUGUCACUCGAGACAAUUGAGAAGCUGAUCAGCUCUCUCGGAGCCGCUGAUAUCAGCGAGCGACUUGAAGAGCGCCUUAUUGACGGUCUUCUUUACGCUUUCCAAGAACAAAGCGUCGAGGACGUUAUCCUUCUCAACGGCUUCGGCACUAUUGUCAACAGCUUAGGUACACGAACCAAGCAAUACCUUCCGCAGAUAGUGUCCACAAUCUUGUGGCGGCUCAAUCACAAGAGCCCUUCAGUACGCCAGCAGGCAGCUGACCUAGUUGCCCGAGUAGCGGUGGUAAUUCAACAGUGCGAAGAGGGCCCGCUUCUCACCAAGAUCGGCUCCGUACUCUACGAGUAUCUCGGCGAAGAGUACCCAGAGGUUCUUGGUUCAAUUCUUGGCGCUCUUCGGGCUAUUGUCACGGUCGUUGGUCUGGAGACUAUGCAACCACCAGUUCGAGAUCUGCUACCACGCCUUACACCUAUUCUUCGAAACCGACAUGAGAAAGUGCAGGAAAAUACGAUUGAUUUGGUCGGUCGUAUCGCCGAUCGCGGCGCUGAGUCUGUUCCAUCCAGGGAGUGGAUGAGAAUUUGCUUCGAGUUGCUUGACAUGUUGAAGGCACACAAGAAGGGCAUUCGACGCGCGGCUAACAACACCUUUGGGUUCAUCGCAAAGGCGAUUGGUCCCUCUGAUGUCUUAGCAACGCUCCUGAACAAUCUUCGUGUCUCAGAACGUCAGUCUCGUGUCUGUACUGCCGUCGCUAUUGGCAUUGUCGCCGAAACGUGCCAACCUUUCACCGUCAUCCCGUCCCUCAUGUCUGAGUAUCGUGUCCCCGAACUCAAUGUUCAGAACGGCGUGCUCAAAGCCCUGACGUUCGUUUUCGAGUACAUUGGAGAAAUGUCGAAAGACUAUGUCUACGCCGUCACACCGCUUCUUGAGGACGCUCUCAUCGACCGGGAUCAAGUGCAUCGCCAGACUGCAGCUUCCGUUGUUAAGCAUUUGGCGCUAGGUGUCGUCGGACUUGGCUGCGAAGAUGCCAUGUUGCAUCUUCUUAAUCUGCUCGUACCGAACCUCUUCGAAACAUCCCCACAUGUCAUCGAUAGAAUAAUCGAGGGUAUCGAUGCUAUUCGCAAUGCCGUGGGCACCGGACUUGUGAUGAACUACUUCGUGGGCAUGCUUUUCCAUCCAGCGAGAAAAGUGCGCACACCCGGAUGGCGACUCUACAAUGAGGCCUAUGUCCAAAGUGCAGAUGCUAUGGUACCAUAUUAUCCAAACCUGGACGAAGUCGGCUGUACAAGGCAUGAGCUCAGGAUCGUACUGUAA